AUGACUCACACGUCCCUUUCGUUUAUUUGGUGUUUGGGUGGAGAAAAUGGCCAACCUCCUAAGCCUCUGUCUCCAUCCUCUGUUGGCAACCUGGACUUCGACGCCCGCGUCCCUAUCCCGAUCAGUGUCUUCCCGUCAACGUACCGGAGUGACGCUACUUCCGUAGAAACUACCACCGAGACUAGGGUAGAAGGGGAAGUCAACCAAGGGGCCAACACCCAGCGCGUCGGACGGGAAGAUACUCGAUUCCACCGCAAAGAAGAGACCGUCUACGCAGGAAGAGGCCCAGAAGAACACCCAGCAGUUACUGACGAAUUUCGUGUCGUUGAAGAACAGCGUGUUUCUGACCAGCAAUACCCCAGCCGAUUCCAAGAACGACAGUAUUCUGACCGACAGUUUGAACAAACUGGUCGAUUUGCUGAAGUAGAUCUUUCGAGAGAAAGAUACCAAGAGCCUGCAGAUUACAAGCAGACCAAGCAAGUCAACGUCGACGUUACCACAAGCCGACCACCAGCAACCCACGACUACACUCGAGAGCGAGAGUUUGUUCGUGAGCGACCACUCCCGGAAACUCAAAUCGACAUCACUGAGCGCGAAUAUCGCCGUCGUACUCAACCGAACUACGAUAUCGAAUACGAGCGUCGCCGACCAGUUCGAGACGACACAGUUUACCAGAAAGAGACAGUAAGAGAAGUCAAAGUCGACAAAGAACCAAAAACCAAGAUGGGCUACUACGACGACCACGGUGAAUACCACAGCUUCCGACGAGGUGUCGAGCGUGCUGCUGACAGAGUCUUCCACCCAUUCUCUGGUGGUAGCCACCACGACCAUGCUGUUCAGCAGGAUAGUGGCACGACACGAGUCAGAGAGGGUGUCACCGAGACUGUCAGAUACGUGCAGCCACGAGGUGGUGUUCCAGGCAACACUGUCACCAUUCCAUGCCACUUCAUCCGCAUUGGUGACCUUUUGAUCCUCCAGGGCCGACCUUGCCAAGUUAUCCGCAUCUCGCAGUCUGGUCAGACUGGCCAAUACAGAUACCUAGGUGUUGAUUUGUUCACUCGAGGUCUUCACGAGGAGUCAUCAUUCUGCAGCAACCCAGAGCCAUCUGUCGUCGUCCAGAGCAUGCUUGGCCCUGUUUUCAAGCAAUACAGAAUCCUUGACAUGAGAGAUGACGGUGCUAUUGUCUGCAUGACUGAGACUGGUGAUGUCAAGCAGGGCCUACCUGUCGUUGAUCAGGGUGGUCUGUUUGGCAAGAUUGGUCGUGCCUUUGACGAUGGUCGUGGUAGCGUCAGAGCUCUUGUUAUCAACGAUGGUGGCCGUGAGCUCAUUGUCGACUACAAGGUCAUCCACGGCUCUAGACUCUAG